UCCCCCUUUUCCUGCAACGUGCACGCUGCAAAAAACUGAGGCACUAACUCACUGUUUCUUGUUCUUUCUAGAUUUGUUUAGAAGCUUUCUUUUUUCUUUUUUAAGGUUAUGGCAACUAAAUGGGGCAUCUGUUCUGUGGGAAAAAUCAGCCAAGACUUCAUGGGGGCCCUGGGGACUUUGCCAGCAGAAGAUCAUCAGGCAGUAGCGGUGGCAGCUAGAGAUCUAAAUCGUGCUAAAGACUUUGCUACCAGCCAUAACAUACCAAAGGUGUAUGGUUCAUAUGAGGAACUUGCUAAGGAUCCCAAUAUUGAUAUUAUCUAUGUUGGGGCACUGCAUACUGUCCAUCGGGAUGUGGUGUUGAUGUUCAUGCAGAAUGGGAAAAAUGUCCUUUGUGAAAAACCACUGGCCAUGAAUUCUGGAGAAGUCAGAGAGCUCAUCUCAGCCGCUAAGGAACAUAAUGUAUUUUUAAUGGAGGCUUUGUGGAGCCGUUUCUUUCCUGCUUAUGAGCAAAUACGAACCCUCUUAUCCCAGAACGCUAUUGGGGAUGUGAAGGUAGUAAGGGCCGAAUUUGGUUAUGACCUGCAGAAUGUUCAACGAGUGGUGCAGAAAGAACUUGGAGGAGGAGCCCUGUUGGACAUUGGCUGCUACUGUAUACAGUUUGCAUUGAUGGUCUUCAAUGGGGAGGUACCUGAGUCUGUGACAGCUAAAGGUUUCCUCCAUGAGACCGGUGUUGAAGAAACCGUUACCAUUAUCCUUAAGUACUCAGGAAAACGCCAGGCUAUCCUCACUUGCACAAUUAUGACCAACUUGCCAAACCAAGCAGCCAUUUCUGGCUCCAAAGGAAUAAUUCAGAUUCCAGCAUAUAUGUGGUGCCCAACUUCCAUCAUUGUUAAUGGAAAUGAAUCUAAAUUCCCUGUUCCUCUAUCAACGAAGACCGCUAAUUUUCCUAAUAGCACUGGACUAAGUUAUCAAGCAGAACACGUACGACAAUGUUUAUUAAAAGGAUUGAAAGAAAGUCCAAUAAUGAGCUGGGCAGAUAGCCAGCUUUUGGCCAACAUCAUUGAAGAAGCUCGAAAGCAACUUGCUCUCAGUGACACUCAAGACACAGUCUGAUGAUGUGGAACAUUAAAUAACCGUAUUGCAGUGAAUGAUAAAACAAAAAAACGUUAAUAAAUGCCAACCAGUUGUUCAACCGUA